AUGGAUGCUGCACAAAAUGUCCCACAAAAACCUCCUGAAACAGUCGUCAUAUGUCCUGGUAGCUUCGUACCUGGUGCUCCGGUUGAUCCAUUACGAAAUUCAUUAAAGUUUCCAACAAUAGGAAGCGAUAAUCGUUCCUCGCAAAAAAUCUUUCCCUUUAAAUUACGUUCCAGUAAUAUGCUUUGA